ACAGUGGUGCGUGCGCGUGCGCGUGCGCGAGGAGGCGUCGUAGUACGCGCUUGCUCAAUGGGGACGAGCACGAGCCUCCACCCUUCAGGCGUUGGCGGCGACGCGCGGCGCGCUCCCCAGAGCCCCCACUCGUGCUCAGCCGCACUACUGUAAUCAUAUGAUAGCGAACCGGGCUCCGCGACGACGCAGCCGCCAACCGACUUGUUCGCGAACAACUCUCAAGUGAACUUUUUUUUUUUUUUUUUUUUUUUUGUGGUGGUGGUCCUCUCUCGGCGUCCUCCCUUUCAAAACAACUUGAGAGUCGCGGGAGGGUGGUCGAGGACUGGCUCGCAUCAUCCGGAGACGAGUCGGACUCGGAACCGAGCAGGGGGGGAGUGGGGGACCGGCUGUGAUUUGAAGAGUAGCCGCUUGAGAGGCACGUUCGUCGGCCGGACGGAAGACGCCAUGGUCGGGGAGACAGAGGUGAAGGAGAGACCCAAGUCCAACCCGGACUAUUUAAUGCAGUUGAUGAACGACCGGAAGGUGAUGAGUUCACUGCCCAACUUCAGUGGCAUCUUCACGCAUCUGGAGCGGCUGCUGGAUGAAGAGAUCGGGCGGGUACGCAAGGACAUGUACAACGACACGGUGAACGGAGGCAUGUUCAACGGACGCGACAUGGAGGAGUUGCCCGAAGCCGUCGGCCCGGUGGCCCAGCUGCAGGAGAAACUCUACGUGCCGGUCAAAGAGUACCCAGAUUUCAACUUCGUCGGGAGGAUCCUGGGCCCGCGCGGGCUGACGGCCAAGCAGCUGGAAGCGGAGACCGGCUGCAAGAUCAUGGUGCGCGGGAAAGGCUCAAUGCGGGACAAGAAGAAGGAGGAGAUGAACCGAGGCAAGCCGAACUGGGAGCACCUGAGCGAGGACCUGCACGUCCUCAUCACGGUGGAGGACACGCACAACCGCGCCAAGAUCAAGCUGCAGCGGGCCAUCAACGAAGUCAAGAAACUCCUCGUCCCCGCUGCUGAAGGUGAGGAUAACUUGAAGAAAAUGCAGCUGAUGGAGCUGGCCAUCCUCAAUGGAACCUACAGAGACGCCAAUGUCAAGACACCCACCGCCAGCUUCCCGCUCGGCACCCCGCAGGCCCCUCGCAUCAUCACCGGUCCCACGCCCGUCCUGCCUCCCACCCUGCGCAACCCGGCCCCCGUGACCACGCCGACCAUCAUGCCUCUGAUCCGUCAGAUCCAGAGCUCUGCCCUGGUGCCGGGCGCCAACCCGCAUCCGGCGCUGGUGCAGCAAGGACCCGAGUCGGGGAUCAUCUACACGCCUUACGAGUACCCCUACACACUGACGCCCUCCAUAUUGGAAUACCCCAUCGACUCGACCGGCGUGUUAGUUCCUUCGUCCUGUGUUUUCGCAGCAGGUGCCAUGACCGCUAAGGUACGCCGCCAAGACAAGAGAAUCCAUCCUUACCAAAGGGUAGUGACCACAGACAGAGCUGCCACGGCAACUAACCCAUGACACCUUUUCCAACCACUGAUGACCCCCCCCACCCCAUCCCCCACCUACUCCCCAACCCACCCUUCGCAUUGGGCAAGUGCCCCCCCAGCCCCGGCCCCCCUCCCACCCUUACCCGGCUCAGCCAACCAGAGGCCGGCGCCGGGAAGCGACCCUUCCAUCUAACCAGCAGCGGACGGCGGCCGCGGCGACGAUAACCCAGCAGGGACCGCUGCCAUCGAACUUUUAGCCCAUGUGCCUUCCUCUCGCAUAUCCCACCGUCGUCAUUGUGGGUGUCCGAUACGAGCUCCUGUAUAAGCAAUAAUUAUUAUUACUUUAUAACUCAACCACUGAAUAUUCUAAUUGAACUUACCCUGCACUAAAAUAGAGAGAGGUGUUGACAUUGUGCAUUCUACUUCAUCUCAACGAGUGACCAACCGCUAACAUGUUAAUCUAUUUUUAUUUUGGGGGUAACAACAACAACAGGCUACAAGACAGGAUGUAAAAAGCUAUUAACAUGCCUCAGCCCUUUUUAUAAUUCUUACCGUUAGCAUGUUAGCAUUUCAUGACUUGCUCAUUUUUAAAUGGCACCCAACUAAACGGCAGGGAGAAAACUAUCCUUAACGACCUGACAAGAGUGUGUUUUCGUAGAUGCGGUGUUAGCAUAUUAGCAUUUUAUGAGUCCUCAUUGGCAAUAACGACUGACUAUUGGGCAGGAUUUAAAAUCUUUAAUGACCAUCCUGAGGGAGUUCUCUCGUGUUUGCAUACAAACUGCUGGCAUGUUAGCAUUUUAUCAAUUCUUGUUUAUAAUAGUCCUCCACUACAGGCCAGGGUGUUAAAUUGUAUAUUUUAGCAUACAAACGGUUAACAUGUUAGCAUUUUAUCAACCCUCGUUAAAAAAGGGCAAAAUAUUACAUCUUUAUUGAAUAGACUCCGCCUUUUCUGUACUUGUGCUGCUAUCUUGCUACAUGCUAGCAUACCAGCUGUUAUCAUGCUCGCAUGCUAGCAAUCGUUAUUACUAGAGCACAGAUGCAAGUUAUCGAUAUCGCUGCCGAUACCAGGCAAGGCAAAAUUAUCUACAAUCGAGUAAGUCAUUUCCGGUACGUGUUUGGUGCUACAAUCUGGCGGUUUAACAUCGGCGAAUAAAUACGUGCAUAAAAAGUGUUAAAUGUUCUUUCUUUACAAUUAGAUGUCAAUUAAUUGAAAUGUUAUGUAUCAAAAGUACAAGUCAGUGAGGACAUCCCUACUUAUUACAAAUCGCACCUGACUACUGGGACUACAGUUAUUUAAAGAGUUCUUCUGAGAUUUUAUUUUUUUGAUAUUAUUAAUGGUUCCUUCCAUGAAAAACAAACAAGGGAAAUCAAUUCCGGGAAUCUUCUUUUUUUUUUUUAAUUUUAUAAAUCACUGAGAUUUUAAAGAGUGCCUUGAAAUUUUGCGCUUCCAUUACCCUUGUCGAGCGAAGUAAAAUGCCGAGACGGAGCCUCUCUCGCCGGAAAAAAAAAAAAAAGAAAGUGAAAUCCAAAAAGGCCAAAGUAUCGCAGUCAUCAAGUCUCGCAUCCGGAUGCUUCUUUCGCAACACUGUGAGUCACCGCGUGGGGUUUAAAUGCCAAGUGCGAACACGUGGAAGGAAACUUGCACAACAACUCAACAAAAGUGCCUUUAAAAAAAAAGUGAGUUUUACUUUUUAUUCCAAUUUCCCUCUUUCUUAUUUUCAUGCCCAAUUCCUGUCCAAGUGCCACACAGUAUUAAGCAAUGAUUCAAAAAAUGUGACAUGGUUAUGUUUUUUUGUCAUAACUUGCCCACACAUCCUACAUAAAGGAGCACGCGCAACACAGCCAACCGAGGGCUUGGUGCGAAAAAAUGAAAAAAAAAAACACAGCGGUCGUAACACCUGUAACGAGUUUCUAUGUAUUUUUAUAUGCUAUUUUGUACAUUAAAUGACCUUUUCAGAGUUGAUGCCUUGCUCUGUAUAUCUACACGACGCUGUGUCCUGAAAUACUGGAGAUGUCUUGUGUGUUCGCUGGCGCCUCGGAGUUGAGCGCCAGCGCUUGCCUCGUGUGCCUUGACAUUAUUUUAUGGAUCUUUUUGACGAUUAACAAUGUACUUCCACAUUAAUCUGCCCUUCGGCGGCCACUGUAUAGGCUGUACUAAACUCUUCUGUGUUUAACCACUUCCGAUUGUAUCUGUCUAGAUGCGGGUUUUUUGGAGGGGUCGGGGGGUUCUUUCUCAAAUACACAUAAAUAUG